AUGGAAGCCACAAAACGGAUUUUGAGGUAUUUUACGGGUUCUAUACAUGAUGGAUUAUUCUAUGCUUCGUCCAGUUCACCUGACCUCAAAGCAUACUCUGAUGCUGAUUGGGCUGGGUGCCCUAAUGAUUGGAAUGAUGAACCAGUACCACGUAUUGGCGACAUCCUAGAGGUAUUAGGCACUGACAUCCGAGAGGCAAGGGUUAGCCAUUACCAUGUUGCGGCGACACUAGAGAGGUACUGGGCCCAGGCACUCCCCAACACUCCAAUGCCUGAUGCUAUUCGCGCCCGCUUUCGCCCCGUGCCAUCAGGACUGCUGUGUAUGGGUUCGGGCAAUCAUGACCCUCGCUUCCUAUACUCCGACGUUUCUCAAGAGAAUCGCGAUCCACGAGAAACCACCCUCUUCUUAGAAAAGGACCUCAAAAUUGGAAUGAACAAAAUUCUCUACUUUCGCAAGUCGGAAUUCAGCUGUGCCUCUCCUUUCCUUUCUCGUGAGGAUGCAGAUGCCAUACCUUUCUCGUCUGCUGAGCUCCCACGCAUCUUACAGCACUUUUCGUUUCCUCCUGCUUCUAGUGAGGCCGUAGAAGUUGGUGUUACCCUAACAUGGUGCGAAUUAUUGGAAGCCCUGGAGAAAUGCCUCACAUCUUUAGAGGCCAUGAUAGAUUACGCUACCCCCUCUGUUCAGGACCCUAACAUUACGUUCCUCCGCACUUGUAUCAACAAGGAUUCUGUGCUCCAAGCUUAUACUGCAACGAAAGUGCAGACAGUGCCUACUAAGGCAAGCUCCACAUUGUGCCAUAACAUGCCUUAUCCUUAUGCUGGGUACUAUUGCCACUAA